AUGGCAUUUUUCCAAUUACUUCUUAAAGCCAGGAAGCUAGAAAAAGCUAGGGUAAAAUACGAGGAUGAAAAGUUCUUAUCGAUUGAGAUUUCAAAAGGUGCCAAGCCUAAAUACACUUUGAAACAGAAAUUCCGACGAAAGAAACUCUUCUUGAAGAAAAAGGUUAAAAAGUUCUUUGACAAAAUCCUUUCGGUACCAAAGAAUUCUUGGUCUUACAAAAAGAUUAUUGCAAUUCGUACCGAUGGCACUUUGGAGAAUUUCGUAGCGAAGAGUCUCUUUGGUUUCAUCAGUGGUAUACUCCUCACCUACAUGUUCUUCGUGUUUUUCGUUUUUCAAUUAAAUUUCAAGCUAUCAUCCGCGACAACAAUUUGUACGAUAAUAGGAGUGAUACUCACGAUUGGCCUCGCUUUUUCUUAUCGAAUACGAUGCGUCGUGUUACUCUUGCUGCCACAGUUUUUUUCCAAACGAGGAAGACAAGCUCUGAUGGCGUACGCUUUUAUUUUAGCAUUGACUGGACCAGUGAAGAACACUUUGCACAACACUAGUGUACUCACAGAAUCAUUGGCCUGUGCACAAGAACAAUUAAAAGAAGCAGUGAAGACAGUGAUCGAUCUAGCAAAGCAGCCAUUUUAUGCUUUGCGAGAUGCCAUUUCGAAAGUCAUCAAAUCAGUGAAAGUAGUAGUGAAGAAAAUUAAGCAGACACUGGUCGCGAUUAAGAGACUUGUUCUCAGUAUACUCAAAGUAAUCACUUCCGUAUUCCAAUGGCUGGGCAGUGUAAUAAAUAUAUGCAACAAGAAACUAGGCACCCCUUUCGACAGGUGUCAAAGGGUAUUCGAGGGUGCAGUGGCUGAUUGCAAAGCGAAAUUGGGACCCUAUUUCGGUGUCGUUUGCAAUAUAACUUACAUAGUCAGUACCCUAUGCUACAUAGUUAAACCAUUGGAUUUCAUAUGCAUGCUAGUCUCUUACGUAGCAGACACUGUGGUUGGUGCUGUACGAACCAAAAUUAAAAAAUUCACGAUGCACAUGAAGGCAAUGUUCUACGUCAAAGUGAAGUUCUCUCAUUCGUUUCACUUCGAGACUAAUCAAAGCAAAACUGUGGGGGAAGUGUCUACUAGUAUCGCUACGGAAGUAAGAUCCAGAACGGAUGCACUUUUUGGAUUCUUUGAUUGGAUGAGUUUCGUCACCUCCUUCUUCACUUUCUUCAUUUUGCUUAGGGUGAUGCGUUAUCGCUACAAAUGGCUAACUAGCGAACGUUUCGAUAAUCGAUACAUAACCGAUGAUCUACGCACCAUUGAUCUAAUAAGAGCUCGACAGGAUAAGGAAACUGUCUUACCGCUUAAUCCUCGAGAAAGAAAUAAAUACGUACCCCUAUCCUCCGUCAUGUUGAUCAAACCUGAACGACUUAAAUUAGGAAGAUCUGCAGUGUUUUUGUUUUUGGCCACUGUUAAACUCGGCUCUUAUAUGAUCAUCGAUUAUAGUCUUUAUUGGGUAUUGAAGACUAUCCAACUCUAUGGACGAUUUCAAAGUAAGGUCGAACGACCAAGCGUGGUGACCAUCCACGUUUCCGGAGAUGGAUAUCUAUCAGACCUGUACAGAAGCAUCGUGAAAGCCUUCACUCCGCAGGGACAAGGUUCAGAAAUCGAUACGAUGUUGUGUCUUCCGGCUCCCGUGACACCGGACCUAGACAAAUACACUCAAAUCAUUACCCUGAUCAUAUUCUGUUGGCUGAUGGCAUUUUUAGAACCGUACGGUUUACGACUGAGACAAGUGGUCAUGUGUCAGUAUUAUCCGGACCGAGCUAAACAAAGAGCAGCCUGGUUGUACAAUCACAUAAUCAGGUCGAGGGGAAGCUUUCUCAAGUUCGCCAGACGUCAACUGCGCCGGAAGUUCGGUCUGGCCGAGGGAGAAAAGAUCGAAAGAGUGACUCUGAAAGAGAGAUUGUGGGCAACGUUACCGUGUCUGAGGGUUCUCUUUCCUAUGAAGCAAAGGAUGUGUCUUCUAUGCGGCGCUGUGGAACGGGAUGAUAAUUUGCAUAUCAAGUGCCCGACUCCUGGCUGCGUCGGACUAUAUUGCUCCCAGUGUUUCGCUGAUUUGCAGAAUCUGUGCACUAUUUGUCAGAGUCCAGUGGAAUAUGGUGACCUGUCCGACAUGAGUGAAGAAUUGUGGGUUAAUUAGAUCCUCGAGUGUUGAAUGAUUUUCUGGUAACAGAUUUGUGUAAUACAGUGAUUCUUCUGAUGAUCAAUUGCCGGUGAUCAAAGUAGAGCCAGCUAAGCCUGAGGAAGAAGAAGAGGAGCCAUUAUUGGAGGAAGAAGAAACAGUGAUCGAAGAAGAGGAAGAGGAGCAGACGGAGGA